AUGUCACGCAACCCGCAAAAGAAACCCGUCAUUGCGGUUGUCGGCGCCGGCCCGGGCAUAGGCGAAGCAGUGGCACGACGCUUCGUCCAAGAAGGCUUCAUCGUUGCCCUACUCGCGCGCACAGAGGACAAGCUACAAACGAUGAGCACCGGCAUCGAGGCCGACUUUGGGAAACACACCGCCCACUACUACAUCACUGAUCUCCGGGUCGAAGAGCAAGUCAUCUCGAGCUUUAAAUCCAUUAAAGAAGAGCUUGGGCCGGUGGAUGUCCUGGUGUAUAACGCGGGCGCGAGGCGUGUGAAUGGGCGCUCGAUUCUAGACACUACGACCGAGGAAUUCGAAAACUUCACCAAAAUCAAACUUGGCACGAUUAUCUUCACCGGGGCCACGGGCUCACUUCGCGGCAUGCCCGGUCUGUCCAGCUUCUCGCCUGGUAAAUUCGGACUCAGGUCUUUAGCACAGAUCAUCACGCGGGAGUAUCAGAGUCGGGGUAUCCAUGCUGCGCAUCUCGUUAUUGAUGGACCGGUAGAUGGGAAGUUGAUCGGAGGGGUCACCAGGAGGAAGUGGGAGCGGGCGGGAGAGAGGGAGAAGUUAGAGGAGGCAGAUAGGUUUAUUAUGCAGCCAACGGAUUUGGCCAAAAUCUAUUGGUAUUUACAUACGCAGCCGAGGAGUACGUGGUCGCAGGAGUUGGAUGUUAGGGCAGAGAAGGAGACGAUGUUUUCGAAGUUGUGA